AUGGCCUGCACUCGCCAAGGGGCCCGUAUCGCUGGCCUUGUCCUGCCGAGACAGAUACCCAUCCGGGCGGCAGCCAAUCCCUCAGCAGCAGCAGCAGCAGCAGCAGCAGCAGCAGCAGCAGCCAGGAGAUUCGCCUCCAGCAAGGCUUCAGCCGUUACCGACAACGUCUUCUCAGACCUGGAUUCCGCGUCGUCUCUGCAGACGUCAGAGCUGGACAGGUCUCGCAUCGAGGCCUUCGAUCCCAAGAAGAGGAGCACGCGCACCCAGCAACUCCCCGGAAACAGAUACCAGUACCACCCUCCCAAGUACAACCGCGGACCUCUGCACCCGGUGCAGUCCCCCCCCUCGUCGGACCCCACAGCGCGAGACUUCGUCCCGGGACCCUUCAACCACCCGAGGAUAAGGCACACUCUCGAGAGCACCGUGGCGCCCGACCUGCUCACCCUGACGUACCACCACACCCCCCCCGGCACCGUCCGCUCGACGUCGGAGAAGGGCAACCUCCGUGAGUGGGACGGCUCCUCCCCCUACCACAAGAAUCGUCCCAGGAGGGCGCCGCGAGGACCCGGGUCGGACCGCCUUCCCCUGCUGGAGCGCGACAUCUCGCCCACCAACAUCCCCGAGAUCAAGGGCGUCAGCAUCUCGGUCCACGCUCCCAAGGCCAGCGAGGACAAGGAGUGGCUGCACACGGCCCGCGCUGUCCUCCUCGCCAUCACGGGACAGUAUCCCAAGGUCAACCUGCUGCGCAGCAACGUCGUCCAGUUCAAGAUCAAGAAGGGCGACGUCGGCGGCGCCCACGUUAACCUCGAGGGCAACGCCGCCUACGAGUUCCUCGACAAGCUCAUCACCUUGGUCCUGCCCAAGAUCAAGGAGUGGCCCGGUGUCAGGGCUACCAGCGGUGAUGGUCACGGGAACCUCUCGCUCGGCCUGACUCCGGAUGCCAUGGCGUUUUUCCCCGAGCUCGAGUUCAACUAUGCUGCCUACCCGUCCAAGAUGAUACCCGGUUGCUACAUCAGCAUCAAGACGACGGCUACGUCGGAUCGUCAAGGCAGACUACUCAUGAAGGCCCUGGGCAUUCCGUUCUACGGGAAGGUCAAGGACUAA